UGGGACAAUAAACAAUUGCUUCCUUUUUCCCCGAUCUCCACCAAUCGCAGCUCGUUCCAUAUCUUUUUUGGUUCCACGGUCCCCAAUACUCUGUCUUUCAAUGCCCCAAUCCGAAGAUUCGCUCACGGUUUCGGGUUCUGCGAGCAGCUGAUUGGCUUCAGCUCAAUUGUAAAUAUCUGCAGGGUAUCCUAUUGUUUUGGAAUUAGGAGAGACGGUGGAAGACAUUGAUGGGGAAAUCCGAGAUGCCCUUCUCUCUGUUUGGGCUUGUCCUUUAAACAAUGGAACCGGGGGACUUUCUGGGCACUUCGAUCAAUUGGCAGUCAUGGGCUCAUCUGUUGAGAACAAUCCCAUUUUCUCAGCAGACCCAGCUUCUCUCAGUAGCUAAAUGCCUGAAGCUCUGCCUUUAGCAACCUUUCUAUCAGACUCUAUUAUCGUUGAUAUCUUUCACCCGUAUGAGGAACGUUGUGAGGAAGCUAAGUGUCGACAUCCCCAUGCCCGCGAGAGAACUGAAUGUCAGUUUUGGCUAUCAAUGCAAUCGCACGAGCUAUUCCAGUAGCUCUCUCGUGGAAGAAGAGCUAGAUGAUCCCAACACCUUAGGAGAAGGGGUCUUGAUGACGUGGCAUUCUGAACUGAAGACUCGGAGUAGCUCCUUCUCCUGCUUGUCUGGCGCGGCCCUCAGUGCAAAUGCCACCUUGGCAAACACAAAGAUCUGCAAUGGAAUCAUUGGGGAUGAAAUCCUCCCAAGCAUCGAUUCCCCCAACUCGUUCCGGAGGUUGUCUUCAUCUCCAUCUCUCUCACGCUUGGACCUCGAGAUUCUCGAUACUGAAGCGAAAAUAUCCAAGCCUCGAAGUGCUCCUGCGAGAAGUGAGUCCUCGAGCUUCCUCAAUGCGGUGGAUGCACAGACAGCAGGAGGAGCUGCUGGGGAAGACCGAGUCCAAGCUGUAUGCUCGGAGGAGAAUGGAUGGCUAUUCUGUGGGAUUUACGAUGGGUUUAAUGGGCGAGAUGCAGCCGAUUUCUUGGCUGGAACUCUCUAUGACAGCAUAGCAUGCUCCCUUCAUAACCUCGAGUGGCGUUCCAAGGAGCUCCAAUCUUCCCUUUCUUCCGAAGCCGAAUUUUUCCAGAGAGGGGUGAUAGAUUGCCUCAAAGAUGCUAUUGCUCUGGCAGAGAGUAAGUUCCUCCACAUGGUGGAGCAGGAAAUGGAGGAUCGACCCGAUCUUGUUUCGGUAGGAUCAUGUGUGCUGGUGGCACUCCUUUAUAUGAGUGAUAUUUACAUUCUGAAUUUAGGAGAUAGCAGGGCGAUUUUGGCCACAGGAGUCAAAGAGGGGAAACCACUGAUGGCAGUGCAGCUCACAGAAACUCAUACUGUUGACAACGAGUCUGAACAGAUGAAGGUUGUCGCUGAUCACCCCAAUGAUCCUCGUCCGAUCUAUAACGGACGUUUGAAGGGAAAGUUGAAAUUGACUCGAGCUUUAGGGGUCGGGUACCUUAAAGAGAGCAAAAUGAACGAUAUGCUGAUGGGCAUACUCCGGAUCCAGAACCUGUGCAGUCCUCCUUAUGUUUACUCUGAACCCUUCACCAUAAGCCACAGAGUUUCAGACAACGAUCACUUCAUCAUUCUUGGAAGCGAUGGUUUGUUUGACUUCUUCAGUAAUGAUGAGGUCGUGCAGCUAGUACACUUCUUCAUCCAGCAGAACCCGUCUGGUGAUCCUGCAAAGCAUCUUGUUGAACGGCUUGUUCAACGAGCAGCUGAUAGUGCAGGUUUCAGCACCGAAGAGCUUUUGACCGUUCCAGUAGGAAGGAGAAGGAAGUACCAUGAUGACGUGACCGUUAUAGUGAUUAUACUUGGGAACAAACAGCGGACAUCGACUGCUUCAACUUCCCUGUAACAGUCAAAACGGUCUUUCACGGUAUUCCGUCAAUAAAAGGUGGGGCAGUCAUUUUAAUCACUACUGCAUUUGGCGCUUAGAAUACACUUGGAGAAGCAUAUGGCUUCUCUAGUAUAUAAACCUUUUCCAAAUAAUUUGAAUACACUAGCGAUUUGCUGCUAUGUUUCUUGAAAUCGAACUAUUCUAGUUACAACUCGAUCCAUCGGUUAAGUUGGAGAUCUGUCUGGCCCACAAUAGUUGUAUAUAUGUGAAUUUGAUGCAGCUCAUGUGGCCAGUGAUUUGAUAGUACUGUUUGAUUGAUCAAGGUAGCAGGAUUAUUAGCUAUGACCCCUACCAUGGCAUGAAUUAUAUUGGCCUUUCUACUUUGUUC